AUGGUCGGCAAGAAGCAGCCCGUCUACGUCCUCGGCGUGGGCAUGACCAAGUUUAUCAAGCCUCGUGGCAAGGUGGACUACCCUGAGCUCGGUUUCGAGGCCGGCGUCAAGGCCAUGCUUGACGCGCACAUCAACUACGACGAGGUCGACCAAGGCGUCGCAUGCUACUGCUAUGGCGACUCAACUUGCGGUCAGCGCGUCUUUUACCAGUUCGGCAUGACUGGCAUUCCCGUAUACAAUGUCAACAACAACUGCUCGACUGGCUCGACCGGCCUCUACAUGGGACGCAACAUGAUCGCGCACGGAGCGGCCGACUGCGUCUUGGUCGUUGGCUUUGAGAAGAUGUUCCCCGGAAGUCUACAGAGCUUCUUCCAAGAUCGCGCAAACCCGACAGGCACAACCAGCCUGAUGAUGAAGGAGACGAGGGGUAUUACCAAGGCACCGGGUGCUGCGCAAAUGUUCGGAAACGCUGGACGGGAACACAUGGAGAAAUACGGCUCCGAACUCAAGGACUUCGCAGAGAUCGGUCGCAUCAACCACGCCCACUCGAAGAACAACCCCUACUCGCAAUUCCAAGACGAAUACACCCUCGAACAAGUCAUGAACGCACCCAUGAUCCACGAACCCCUCACAAAGCUCCAAUGCUGCCCGACAUCCGACGGAGCUGCUGCCACAGUCCUGGUCUCGCAAGAGUUCCUAGACAAGCGCCCCGAGCUCAAAGACCAGGCUAUCCUGAUUGCUGGACAAAGACUAGCAACCGACACACCGUCACUGUUCAACCGCAGCGCCAUUGAGCUAGUAGGAUACAGCAUGAGUGAGCUGGCUGCUCGCGAGGCGCUCGAGGAGGCCAACGUAUCACCAGACGACGUCAAGGUGUGCGAACUCCACGAUUGUUUCUCUGCCAACGAGAUGGUCACCAUUGAAGCCCUUGGCCUGGCUCCCAAGGGCAAGGCUCACGAACUUAUCCGCAAGGGUGGCAUUACCUACGGCGGAAAGGUCGUCAUUAACCCCUCAGGCGGUCUGAUCUCCAAGGGCCAUCCCCUCGGCGCCACAGGUCUCGCUCAAUGCGCUGAGCUCGUUUGGCACAUGCGUGGUUGGGCCAACAACCGAUCAAUCAAGGAUACAAAGGUUGCCCUGCAACACAACUUGGGUCUUGGAGGCGCUGUAGUAUGCACAGUGUACAAGAGGCACGACGGAAGCGCCGCAACAGAUAAGUCAGAUGAGCAGAUCGCCAAGAUCACUGGAUUGGGAUACAACCCAGCGACAGUCGCGAAGGGCUUCACAAAGGAACAAGUUGAUGCUGUGAGGAGCAAGAAGGCGAGGAGCCAGUGGGCACUGCAAGACACAGAGCAAAAGGUUGAGGCGAGGUUUUAG